CAAGUUACUCGUUAUAAUGAUCUAGUACGAAUAAUGUACUUACAAGUUGCUAUACAUAAUACUAGGCUUUGUUGCUAUUUGCAUGUCUUCAGGCCUAAGUAACUCAUAUAUUAUGCUUGCCACCUCAUAGCGCGAUUUGGUAAGGAUUUCUUGACAGUGUCAACUAUCCUUUAUCAACUUUUAAUUUUCGCACUUUCGCAGUUUAUUUAUAGCCCAAUCCUUCGUGCUUUUGGCAGUUCUAAAGUGGAUGGUUAAAUUUCAACAGCAUCUCCUGAAGUUUAUUGCCCCAAAGCACAGCUGAGUUAUAGGUUGACAUUUUCAGUACCACAGCCAGGCAGCUUAGAAUAUGUUUAUCCAGCUCAGAGCUUUCAUGUCUCUCCAGAUACUUCUGUUGUGUUCUGUCUGUUUUGUUGUGACUCCGGUACUGUCGGAAUUCCAUCCUCAUGUGCAUACUGUGAAUAAUUGGAGUCCAGUGCACGUUCAAAACGUGCUCGAAUAUUUGAGUAUCAAUGCAACCACAUUUGCUCCCGAUCAAGUCUACUGUCCGGCAGGGUCGCUCAACGAUACUUACAAGCAGAAUACAAUAUUCAUUGGAGUGCUUGGUUGUUUGGACCCAUUUCUGUUGACUUUGUCCGAUGACAACGUAGAUGCUAUAAGGAAUCAGUCUAAUAACUCCUGCCUACCUGGUCUUCCCGGGUACUACCCGCCUGUAUCAGAGUACAUCCUAGCUCUGCUAAUGCAUGUGGAGGAGUUUAACAACCGCACCGAUGUCCUUCCCUACCACAAGAUAUGCAUAUACUCUGGCAUCCCAUUGGACCUUUCAGUAGAUGUCAAGACUGGAUUUAAUACUUUUAUUGGACUUCCAAUCACUCCUGUUAUCGUGGACGUAGCAGGUGAUCAAAAUUCAAUCUUUCUUCAGCACCUUGUCUUACCUUCCAAUAUUCCAUUGUUACGUCACUCUAAUUACGGGAAUUUGCUCCCUGUGAACGGCCAUAAUGUUUGGAGUAGAUUAAACAGAAGAAUACUGAAUAGAUCACCGAGUCAAACAAUUUCUGUCGUGAAGCUUGCUGAGGAACUGUAUGAAGAAUACUUCUUUGUAGCUGACCCGGACGGCAUUGAAGUUCAUUAUGCACUUCUAGACCUCUACAAGUUUUACGGUUGGAAAAAUGUGGCGUACAUUCUUGCAGAUGAUUGGUCGGCUACGACACUGGCUUCGGGAUUUUCUCGUGUCUAUACAGGAAUUGAUGUAACGCUGUACUUCUUUGGCUACCAACAAGUGGAUGGUGACUUAUUGAAUCUGUUCAAACAAUUGAGUCAGAAUGAGCUACAAGUGAUAGUCUUCCAUGGCACCGUGCAACGCUACUUUGAUUUGCUCCUCGAGGCUUCUCGCUACAGCUUUGUAGGGCCAGAAUAUGUCUGGAUCUUUCCCUAUGCCGGAGCCACGUUCCCUGACAGCUACCAGCUCUCCAACUUGUGGUGUGGCUACACUGACGAAGAGGUGUUUAUCAUCAAGAAUGCACUGAGUGGUACUCUCUCUGCUGGAAUAUCAGAGGGUAUCUUUAGUCAAUACAAUUAUUUUGUUGAGAAGUUUGUUAAUUUCUCCAAUCGGAUUACUGGAGAUUUGAGUUUCUACAAAGAUAACACUCACUUUCCUCAGACUUCACGCAUUUAUGACAUUAUUGGUUUGCUGGGUUGGUCUCUUCAGACACUGGUUGAAGAGAAGGCCUUCCUCCUCAACACAACCCAGUCCAUGGUGAAUGUAUCAUUUGACGACAGACGAACCCUCGCCUCCAUUCUCCAUCGAGUAGUACUCCAAUCCCCCGAAGCAGUGGCAGGUAAUCUCAGCUUCAUAGAUAAUGGCCAUAGAGAGAGCACUUUUAUCAGUGUUCGAAACUUUGUCCCGAUUGAGAACAGCAAUUUCUCAGUCAACUCUUCACAAAGUUUUGCACCGUGGGUGGUACAAGUUCGGGCAUGCAUAAUGAAUCGGCCAGCUGAUAAGUCGGUGUUUGAAUUUGAGUUCUUCGAUGAGAAUGGGACCUCACUUGGUCCGGAUCAGAGCUUCGUUGUAUUCCCCUCAGGCUCAACCACUGUCCCUUCGGGAAAGCCAUAUAGGCCAUUCAGAAGAGCCCAUGAGGCCACUAUUAUCAGUUCUGUGUCCUCGAUCCUCAUAUUUACGCUGGCAGUUCUUGGCUAUGUUGGAAUGGUGUACUACCAUGACAAGAAGAGGGAGAUGUACAAUAGCAGCUGGAUCUUCAACGAGGGCGACCUGCACUUCAUCUCGGGCGAACGUCAGCAAGGCAUUUGGGGGCGGCUGAACAACAUCACCAAAAUGAUGGGGAUUAGGAACGCAAGUAACAUGAUGGAGGAAGCAACGAAAUUAAAUGACGGUAACAUUGCUGUACUGAUUCGACUCUCUCUGCCAAAUAAAAUGAUCACGGAGAAAAUGUACCAAGAGUGCAACAUCAUGAGGGGCUUGAAACACCCUAACAUCUGUCCAUUCUUUGGCUGUCUACUGAACGGAGCAAAGUCAGCUCUACUGUACAAGUACUACCCUAGGGGCACUCUUAAGUAUAUUCUCUGCAACUCUAAUAUCGAGUUGCAGAGAGUGUUUAGAUUAUCCUUUGCCUUGGACAUAUCUCAUGGUAUGGAGUAUUUGCACUCUAAGAAGAUUACUCACGGUCGUUUAGAGACGCGUAACUGUGUCGUCGAUGAAAAUUGGGUAGUGAAAGUGAGAAACUAUGGUUUGGAGGAUCUUCACAAAAUGAAUGUUACUUCAAACGGCAAACCAAACCAGUAUGCAGCGGGAUAUGUACGGUGUGGCUCCAAGGUGUCUGUGUUAAAGGUGGCUCCAGAGGUCCGUCUCCUAGGAGCUUUGCCCAACCCAUCAGCGGACAUGUUUAGCUUUGGUCACCUCCUGGAGGAGUUGCUCGUCGAUAGGAGGAAUGACUGGACUGGUACAGAUUCAUCGUCUAAAGGGACCACGCAAAAAGAGCCCAUCUCACCCAACCUAUUCAAUCUGAUCAGUACUUGCCUGGACAACCGACCUCAACAGAGGCCAUCGUUUGAGAGCGUCACUCUGCAACUGACUGACAUCGUACUCACAGAGCACAACAUCACUGAACAUGGCGUGAUGCAGAUCUACUCUCAACAGCUAGAAGAUCGUUUGGAGGAGCUAUUGGACAAAGUGUCCAAUCAGAAAGACAAACAGACCGAAAUCAUGCAACAUUACAUCCCCAAGACGAUGGUGGCGACUAUAAAAGACGAAAAGGACGUUCCUAUCACGGAGCACAAGAACGUAGCUAUCUUAUGCAUAGAGUUGACGUGUACUGAGUUGCUCUCAGACAAAAUGAACCCUGAAUCCAUCGAGUACCUAGUGCUGACAAUGCAGAAAGCUAUUGAGGGAGUCACUGUCGCCUUUGAUGUGAAGAAGAUCCACUCAAGCGGAAACAUGUGGAUUCUUGCCUCGGGAAUUCUGUCUGAUAGCGGCACCAAUCAGAUCACUGAGGCUACCAAUGCUGCCAUCACUGUAUUGGACACCUUCAGUGGUAUCUUCCUUCCUGGUCUGCCCUACGUGCACCCCACAGUGCGUGUGGGGAUCCACACAGGAAGCAUGCUGUGUGGAGUUAUUGAAGAGCCUGUUCCACAGUUGGUUACCCUCGGCAAAUCUAUCACAACUGCCAUCAACAUUGCCAGUGCUGGCAAAGAUGGACAGAUUCUCGCCAGCUCUGAAGCCGGACAGCUUCUCAAGAAUUCCCCCGACUUUAGAGUCACUGAAAAUGCAACCAUACCUAUUCAGGAUGAACUCCUCCCUACUGUGUGGAUAGAGCUUACCACAUGUGAGAGUAUUAGCCGUAGCAGUGCCCCCCAGACACUUGCCCUACCCCUCGACAAGAAUGUGACCAUCAAACAGUGUGUACGCAAACAUUUAAUGUCAGUAUCUUCCCCCUCGGAACCUAACACUCCGUUGAUCGAAACCCCACCCAAGAAGAACAGAUUCAACGUUCCCUAUAGCAGCUACGAGCAGCCCACAAAAACACGACGACGAUUUGAUAUGAAACGAUCCAUCAGUCUAAUCAGCAAUAGAGUUCUUCCUACCAACAACCCACCCAAAUCACGUUCACCCUCGAUUCAGAGCACCAAGAGCUCCAAACUUCAACCGAGUGUUGAUUCAGGUGCGGGUACCGGUAUCGGUAUAUUCAAUGGAACUUUUGAAUCAGUGUCUGAGGGGAAAGGUCAACCGCAGAAGCCGGCAAUUGCCAGGGGGCAAUCGGAUGGUUCUGGUAGCGUAACCUCCGACUCGUUGAUUAGGAUUCGACCAUGGAGUGCAAACUCUGAGCCAGCUCGGCUGAUUGAUAUGGAGAACCUCCAUGGCAACGACUCACCUGUUUGAACUAUGAAUUCUGAACGUUAACUUAUACACGAUUCACACACCCAAAAAAAUCCACUAAUGUACAUGUAUACUCAUAAAUUAAUGUAUACACUGUAUUCUAAUGUUAUUUUGUUUACAGAUUAGCUUCUUUUUUGUGCAAUAUUUAUUGCAUGUACGUGUCACCAUAAUUAUAAUUAUCAUAAUUAUUAA